GAGAGCCGUACUGGGGCUGCUGGCGAGCACGGCUGGUCUUAGCCCGACCGGAGUGGUUGAGGCCGGCCCAGGGAGAGGGAUGCUAGUGAGCUGACAGGCAGGCUGAGAGAAGCGGCCAGGGCUGGGCCGGAGGGAGUGCUCGGGACGCCUCGGCAGGGUCUGUGGCAUUUUGACCGACUGACCCGGCCAGAGGGCGGAAGACAAAGAGGCCGGAACCUGACAGCCGCCGCUGUGGGGCAGCGCUCGGAGCCCACGGGCUCGCAGCACUGGCCAGCCCCGGCUUCGUUCUCGGGAGACCCACUACUGCCUCCUCUCGGGCCGCCUCGCUUCACCAACUCCUGUGACCCUUCCCCAAGGCCACCUGAGUGUAGAAGCCCAAGUCAGCUUUCCCGAGCGUGAGCUUGCCCAUCUGCCGCUCUCUUACUCUUGCUGAGUUCUUAUUUCAGCAGGGAGGAGUAAACGAGAGACCCAAUGUUCCGCACUUGACUUUGGUUCGGGCUGGAAAUUCGUAGUUUGGCGUCCAAGGGGGCGGGGCGGACGCCUGGGGCUUCCGGGAGGACCGAGGAGGUUCGGGGAAGAUUAGCCGCCCCCCCGCUGGACAGAGGCUUUUGUUGUCAGCCAAGUGUCGCCCUGCUACCGUCCGCCUGGGGUCCCGUGCAGUUCGAGUUGACUCUACAGCUCUGAUCUAAGUCAAGUGCGCUACACGCGAUCAGACUUAGGUGAGGUUAGAGUAAAGUAGACGGGCUUUUCUGUUCUCUGCCACUUCCGAGGAAUGCCCUAGUCGGCACCCAGAACUACAGCUUUUGAAAGAUCAUUUUCGCCUGGCUCUUGAUUUGCUGUCCUGAAAUGGCACUACCUCCAAAGACCACUUGGAGCAUACGGAAAGUCAGGCCGACUCUGGCAAGACUUUAAACAUGUGGAGAUAUUCCUCUGAUAGGAAGAAACUCCUUUUUACAGAGAGACUCGGCUGCAGCUGUUUCUGCGGGGACAUGGGGAGAUCGUGAACUAAGGCUGGAACCCAGAAGCAAAGAGGAAACUGUUCUCUGCGGCGAAGGAUGGCCAAACCCACUCUGCGAGGAAACGGCACUAACUCUGAAUGCUUAAGACAGCGCUUCAGGAGAUUCCAUUACCAGGAGGUGGCUGGGCCCCGCGAGGCCUUCUGCCAACUUUGGGAACUUUGCUGCCGGUGGCUGAGGCCAGAGGUGCGCACCAAGGAGCAGAUUGUGGAACUGUUGGUGCUGGAGCAGUUCCUGACGGUGCUGCCUGGGGAAAUCCAGAACUGGGUACAAAAGCAAUGUCCGGAGAACGGAGAGGAGGCCGUGACGCUGGUGGAAGGCUUAGAGUCUGGGCGACCUGGGCAUUCGGUCACAGUCUCCUCGGAGAAGAGGACACCUCUGAAAUCAUCACAGGAGUUCUUAGGUGUUCUUCAGGAGUCAGUGGAACCCCAGCCCAGGGGUGUAUCCAAGAGAAAGCGGGCAAGAGGCCCAGCCCCAGGACCACAGAAGCAGAUGAACCUGGAGACUCUCAGAGCUUGCCAAAGGAGCGGAUCAGUUCCUAAACCCGAUGUGGUCUCCAGGUUGAAUCAAGGAGAGCCAUGGACCCCAGAGCUCAGCUCCAAGGAGAAAGAUGUCCCAAAAGGCAACAGCACAGAAGACAAACAAGUCUAUACUGAUCCAUUCCUAUCCCAGAGAGAGAGAAGUAGCUGGGUGGAACAGGAUCACUGGGGUUUUGAUGAUGAGAAGGUGGUGGGUGUGCACUGGGGCUACAGAGAGACGAGAACACUCCUUGCAAUUCUCAGUCAGACUGAAUUUUAUGAAGCUCUACGAAACUGUCAUAGGAACAGCCAAGUGUAUGGAGCUGUAGCUGAGAAGCUGCGUGAGUAUGGCUUCCUCCGAACCCUGGAACAGUGCCGGACCAAGUUCAAAGGUCUUCGGAAGAGAUACAGGAAGGUCAUGAGUGGUCAUCCACCUAAUACCUGCCCUUUCUUUGAAGAGAUGGAAGCUCUGAUGAGUGCCCAGGUCAUUGCACUGCCCAUUAAUAGCCUGGAAGAGGCCGCUUCCCAUUCUGGCCAGGCAGGCACGGAGACUGAGACCGAGGAGCCGGCACAGAGGGCCUGGAAGCCUGAGGAUGGAGAAGAGGCUGUGGCUGAAGGGUCUGACAGUGAUGACCUGGAGGCAGUCCCCCAGGACCGUGACAGCCCACCUGCAUCUGUCCCCUUCCGAAGCCAGAGCGGUGUACACUGGGGCUAUGAAGAAACCAAGACUUACCUUGCAAUUCUUAGUGAGACUCAGUUCUACAAAGCCCUACAGAACUGUCACCGCAACAGCCAGUUAUAUGAUGCAGUUGCUGAGAGAUUAUGGGAAUAUGGCUUCUUUAGGACCCCAGAGCAAUGUCGGACCAAGUUUAAAAGCCUCAAAACCAGCUAUCAGAAAGUCAGGAAUGGCCAAGCACCAGAAACCUGUCCCUUCUUUGAAGAAAUGGAUGCUUUGGUGAGUGCCCGAGUUCCUGCCCUGCCUAGUGAUGACCAGGAAAAAGAAACAGCUUCUUGCUACCUCCAGGGAAUCAGUGAGGCUGAAGCUGAGAAGCAAGCCGAGGACACAGAGGAGGAAGAUUCAGAUGAUGAAGAUGAUACUGAGAUACCCCCAGGGGCUGUUACAACCCGUGCCCCAGUCUUAUUCCAGAGCCCCAGUGGUUUUGAGGCUGGAUUUGAUAACGAACAGAAUCUUAAACGAGAUAUUUCUGAGGAAGUACAGCUGCAUAGGACAUUACUUGCAAGGGCUGAAAGGAAAAUUCCCUGUCACAUGAAUCAAGGUAAAGCUAUUAAGAAUGAGUGUUCAUCAGAAAGCCAGCGGGAAAAGACUCAGAGAGAGAAGACAAGAAAACUGGCAUUCCCAGAGAAGAGUACCAGUACAGUCCCGACUUAUCAGAGACCAGGCUUGGGAGACAGGUCCUACAAAUAUCUCAGAUAUGACAAAAGAUUUGACCCAAACUCCCAUCUCAUCUAUCGGGUCUCCCAUCAGGUAGAGAAUCCAUAUAAAUGUGCUGACUGUGGGAAAAGCUUCAGUCGAAGCGCACGCCUCAUCAGACAUCAGAGGAUCCACACUGGAGAGAAACCUUAUCAAUGCGUGGACUGUGGGAAAGGUUUCCGUGACAGUUCCAAUUUCAUCACCCACCGGAGAAUACACACAGGAGAAAAGCCGUACCAGUGUGGGGAAUGUGGAAAACGCUUCAAUCAGAGCUCAAGCCUUAUAAUUCACCAGAGAACCCACACAGGAGAAAAGCCGUACCAGUGUGGGGAAUGUGGGAAAAGCUUCAAUAACAGUUCUCAUUUCAGUGCACAUAGGAGGAUACACACGGGAGAGAGGCCCCACGUGUGUCCUGACCGCAGUAAGAGUUUUAGCAAGAGUUCUGACUUACGUGCACAUCGCAGGACCCACACAGGAGAGAAACCUUACGGGUGCCACGACUGUGGCAAGUGCUUCAGUAAGACCUCUGCCCUUAAUAAACACCGAGAGAUCCAUACCCGAGAACAGCUGCUGUCACAGUCCAUGUCUAAGUAAGCUCCCAAGGAAGGGCCUCAGCAAAUGUAUUGUUUGGAAGUCCUCUCCUCUGUGUGCCCAGCUGGCUUAGGAAGCACUCCUCAGGAUCUUUGCCAUUGUUUGUUCCUUAUGCUUCCCAAAUCUAGCCAAGCAAAAUGUCUGGUUUUAAGAUGAAAAGUAGAUUUGGUCUGAAAUGAUACAGUACUAAUGUCUUCCCUCUCGGUGCCUGUGUUGUUCCCCUCGAGAGGAUAUGGUGGUAUAUCCUGUGGAUCUCAUGUAUGUCUUCCACUCACCCUGUGCACCUCAAACAGAAAACCCAUCUCAGCAGUUUUUCAAAGAAGUUGUGAGACUACUCAUUAGUUGGGCCAUCUUGCUCACUUAAACCUGUGUAUACUCUUCAUUUAUCUUUAAGGAAAGUCUUUUUUCUUUUUUUCCCAAGAAUCUGGGCUGGGGAUGUAGCUCAGUAGUAGAGCACUUAGUAUGCACAGGGACCUGGGUCCAAUCCUGAGUAACACACAGAGACAGACGGUAAGUUAGGGGGAAAAUGUAAGCCUUCUAUAAACACUGAAUUUCUUAGUUUCUUCUAGAUUCUACAAAGGGUAAUAUAUAUAUAUAUAUAUAUAUAUAUAUAUAUAUAUAGUAUCUUCUUUGAUUUUUCCCUUUUCUCUCCUUUCCUCCUCACCUUCAUCUAAAUUUCAUCUUUCCCUUGUAGACUAAAAGCCAAAAGAGCAAACUAGAUCGAUAUAGUCACACAAAAAGCAGUUAAAGCUAUCAAUAGGAGUCAUCUAUUUUUCCUACACUCCACAUACAUAAUUAUAUAUAUACAUACAUAUAUAUAUUAUAUAUUUAUAUUGAGCAGCCUGUGGGUGCUCAGUACUAAUUGCAAGGAGCAGAACCCCUGCCAUAUCCCCAUGUACAGGUAAAAUAUACUUACCCUAAAUGACAGGGAGGAUGGUGGAGCUACCAAUCUGUACACACUCAGCUAUACAAAUGAAAGUAUUUACUUGAACACAAAAGUAAUUAUGGGUUCAAAAUUAGGUGGUAUUGAAUUAAUUCCCACAUAUUCAUAGACUUAUGAUAAUCCCUGUACAAGUAAACAGUCCUUGCCCUUGUCUUUAUACUGGAAAACAGAUAAUACAUACAGAAAGCCUAAACAUAUAGUGGUAAUAUUUAUUAUUUUUUAAAGACAGGUUUCACUAGGUAGCAUUGGCUGACCUGGAACUCAUUGGCCUUGAACUCACAAAGAUCUCACUGCCUCAGUCUUCAAAGUCCUAGGAUUAAAGAUAUGCAUCAUCACGACAGGCUGCAACCAUUUUAAAGAAAUUUAGGAAGCUAAGUAGUGUUACUAUACUAGACGUAAGUUUUAAUAUAGCUAGCUUGCUCUGAGAAAAAUCUGGAAAGUAUUUUUUCAGGAAACAGUAAGCAUUCAAAGGAAGAAAAGUAACUAGAUAAGUUAUAGUGAGAUAGACUUUUUAAAACUAGUUAUAAAAUCGGUGCUAGGUGGGUAAAAAGUGAGAAAACAUUGAAGCACAGGAUAAAAGGUAUAAAGUUCACUAAAGAAGCAGGAAAAACCUAAUGAAUGUAUGAUAGGUGUACAGUAGGCUGAGAAUCAACGGAGAAGGAGUGGUGGAAGGAGACCCUCAGAUGCACUGUGCUAAGCUUACUGACAACGGGAUGGCAGCUUGACUCAGGGAAAAAUGAAUUUUAGGAGAUUAGCUCUUUUGAGAGAAAUAUCAGAAAUUACCAUCUAUUGAAGAUAUUCGAUGAGCAGGUUAGAAAAGAUGGUCAAGACCUGGAAUAACCAACUUUCACAUUUUCACUCUUAUUAGAUACCCACGGCUAGAUUAAGAUCUGAGGUAGUAAUGAGGAGAAAAGACUGUUCUAAAAUUUAUUAGGAUGAGUAAUUAAUUAGGGUUCUGGUAUUAAGAAAUUCUAAACAGAGAACUAACAUUAACAAUUAAGGAGCUGGGUGGUGGUGGCACAUACCUUUUAUCCCAGCACUCAGGAGGCAGAGGCAGAGGCAGAUAGAUCUCUGUGAGUUUGAGGCCAGCCUGGUCUACAAGAGCUAGUUCUAGG